AUGCCCAAGGUCAUGGUUAUUGAGGCUAUAUCAACAACAGAUUAUGGAAUCAAUGUCGACAUUGAUGAGAUUUACGAAUAUAUCGAGGGGGAAUACGGCUACAAGAUCCUCGAUAUUACUUUGGAAAUCAUUGAUGAGGCCCAGAAUAGACCUCAUGACGCCGUUAUGGAAGCUAUAUCAACAAUCAAGAUGGAAGUUGUAUUGAUAUUGAUGGAUUUUACUAGUUUGUCGAGGAAGCAGUUGGAACACGGGCUCACUAGACGUGUUUCUCAAUACAUACUAGAGAAGGUAGGAACCGGCUACGAGAUUCUCGAUGUUACUCCUGAGAAACUACAUGAGUUAAAUGAGGCAGCAGAAAAAUCAGUCGCAAUGUCUGAUCAGAAAGAUUUAGAAGCGAAAGAGGCAUAG